CCCCCCCGCGUCCCCCGCUCGCCCUGGCCGCUCGCGCAGCUGCUCGGCUCUCGCUAUAUAAAGGGGCGAAGCGGGCAGAGCGGGCGGCUGGCGGCGGCGGCUGCAGCCCCGGGGCCGGCGAGCGAGGCCGGGCCAGGCCGCGGGGCCGCCCGUGAGCCGGGGCGGGACGCGCGGGCUCUGGGGGGACGCAGCCGGGCAGGUUUAUUGUUUUAGGGGCGACUCCCCCCCCCGCGGUUGGGGGCGUCCCGGGGGGCUCGGGACAUGGCGAGCUCGACUAACACAAACCCCGUGCCUAAAUUGUACAAGUCUGUAAUUGAAGAUGUCAUCAAUGAUGUCAGAGAAGUUUUUCUGGAUGAAGGAGUGGAUGAACAAGUUCUUAUGGAACUCAAAACACUGUGGGAAAACAAGCUGAUGCAGUCCAAGGCUGUAGAUGGCUUCCAUUCAGAAGAGCAGCAGCUUUUGUUGCAGGUGCAACAGCAGCAACAGCAGCAGCAGCAACAGCAGCAUCAUCACCACCACCAUCACACACAACCUCAGCCACAGCAGACUGUGCAGCAGCAGUCUCAGCCACAACAGGUCCUUAUUCCAGCAUCUCAGCAAGCACCUCAGCAGCAGGUUAUUGUGCCAGAUUCCAAGCUGAUACCGCACAUGAAUGCAUCAGGCAUGAGUGCUGCAGCCACUGCAGCUACAUUGGCUCUCCCUGCUGGUGUUACUCCUGUUCAGCAGAUACUUACAAAUUCAGGCCAGAUCCUCCAAGUAGUUAGAACUGCAAAUGGAGCUCAGUAUAUAAUUCAACCACAGCAGCCAGUUGUUCUACAGCAGCAGGUCAUACCACAAAUGCAGCCUGGUGGGGUACAAGCACCUGUUAUUCAGCAGGUUUUGGCUCCUAUCCCUGGAGGGAUUUCCCAGCAGACAGGAGUGAUUAUUCAGCCUCAGCAGAUCCUGUUUACAGGAAAUAAAACGCAAGUCAUACCUACUACAGUGGCUGCCCCUACACCAGCUCAAGCACAGAUUCCUGCAGCUGGUCAGCAGCAACCACAACAACAACAGGCACAACCACAAGCACCACUUGUUCUCCAAGUUGAUGGAGCAGGGGACACAUCAUCUGAAGAAGAAGAAGAUGAGGAAGAAGACUAUGAUGAUGAUGAAGAGGAAGACAAAGAGAAAGAUGGGGGUGAAGAUGGCCAGGUUGAAGAGGAACCUCUUAACAGUGAAGAUGAUGUGAGUGAUGAGGAAGGACAAGAACUGUUUGAUACGGAAAAUGUUGUUGUGUGCCAGUAUGAUAAGAUUCACAGAAGUAAAAACAAAUGGAAAUUUCAUCUCAAAGAUGGCAUCAUGAAUCUUAACGGAAGAGAUUAUGUAUUUUCCAAAGCCAUUGGGGAUGCAGAAUGGUGAAGUUUUAAAAGACAAAGCAAAACAAAAGAACUCCCUGUAAAAGGAAGAAUCAAAAGCAGGAAAGGUUGAGACUUGGACGUAUACUCCAAUCAAAAUGUGUAUCUGCACAUCAGAAAUAAACAAUAAACAAAACUAUCGGAACAAAGGUAAAAUGUGGCAACAAAGACACUACUUCAGAUGAGCAAGCCAUGGACUGUAGCAGCUAUAGUAUUGUCUGGGAGCUGGUUUUGUGUGUUAGGAAUACCUUAAUUAUCAAUUCUACAUACAGGUACCUACAGCUGGUAUUUAGCAUGUAAGGCUUUGUUCCCCCACCCCCUUCUUCCCUUGAUUUAAGAUUUUAAUACUUCUUCCACUGAUUGAAGGAACUCCUCCCUUUGAUAGAUUAUUAAUCUGAAAAUGCUUAUUGUGUGUACAAAUCUUUGCUUUGAACACUUCCUUUUGGUAGUGAGGAUGGUCAGAAUGUUACUUAAACUGCGUGCAAGCUUUGUACAGAAGGGUAAGAAUUAAGGUGUUAAAUUUUAAAUAACUUGUAUAAGGAAAAUAUUUUUAAUUCUGAUAUGCUCAUUAAUUAUUGUAUCUAUUGUUUUCAAUUCAGUUACCCAUAAACAGGUUGUUGUUCUUAGCAGUUACAAAAUGGUAAAAUGAUCAUUUAUAUUUCAAAAUUAUUUUAACUUCAUGUAAGUGAUACCUUUUAUUUAGGGCUGUAUUUUUUUAAAUAAGCACCUGUAGCUCCCCCUGCCCCCAAAAGUCAGAUUGCUUAACUUGUUAAUUAUAUUCUUGCUGUUUGGUGGUGGUUCAGCAUCACUGAACUGAGAUGAAUAAUGUAGUUUCUAUUGUUCUUUUUUUUAAAAAAAAAAGCUUUGGACACCUUUUGAAUCAAAUAUGUAGGUAAUGGCAUAAUAGAUGCAUUCCUCCACCUGCUUAAUACAUGUAUAGUCCAGGCAUCCACAAAUAACUCAACAGACCACAAGAAUUACUAAGUUUUUUAUAUAGAAAAUCACGUAAAAAUUCUAACAUCCUGGCUGCAACGCUGUUAAUCAAAGAUCCGCUUUACUAAAAGGUAUAGCCGUAAGUUACCUGCAGCAGUUAAUCUCUCUAAAGUUUCCAGGUGGCAUGUAAUUUCAUGAAGAGAGCUGCACAGCUUUGAGAACACAAAUUUUGCUAGAGUAUCUUUAGGCUGUCUUGGUAACAGAAAAUCAAGCAGUUGGAUGCACUAAACCUUGUGUAGUCACUUUUUCACUUGCGUUUUCCAGAGGUGUGGUUUUGUGGUGGGGAUUUUUUUGUUGUUGUUGUUUGUGAAAAGCAACAAGGUUGCCUCCCCCCUUCUUCCCUUCCUUUCCUGAGAAGUGAACACCUUUUCUUCAUGCAUAGGUUAUUCUUGCAAACCCUGCUUUCAGAAAUGCAGUUACUUUUGAACGAGGAGAGGGAAUGGGCAUUAUACUUCAGAAACUGUUGAGGAAGGAAUGUUCAUGUGGCUCACCAUUUCAGAAAACUUUUAUGUUUCAUUGGGUGCUUGGAAAGAUGAUGAAAAAAGGACACAGCAAAAAUAAUUUUAACUAAACUGGGGAAGACUUUCAGAAGCAGACAUUUGAACCAUGAUUUCUGACCUUUUUUUGCUCGAGAAUGAAACUACUUAAACAUUAUUUAACAAAGUCACAAGUGUAUUUUAGCAGUCUAUUAUGGUUGCUUUAAUUUUCAUUGUCUGAUUUACUUGCCUCCAAGUGCAUUCAUAGUCUCAGUAGUACAUAGAAAACUCAAAACUCAUUGAAAAGAGGGGUUUUCCCACUGUGAUUUUGUACACCUGUGCUUUCAUUGAUACAGACUAAAACUGCCUGUAAGCUAUGUCUAGAGCCAUAUGGUUGUUAGUAAGCCGUCUACAUAUAUAAGCUUUAUGAAAAGUUAAUUGAUGUUUCUUCCAAUUCAUUCUUAAGUUACUGAAUCGUCAUUUAGAGUGCAUUUUUGGCUUGGGGCUUCAAGGUAUCUCAAACUGAUGGGUGUUUGCUUUACUCUGAACAAAGCAGAUAUUUUAUUUUUUUACCACUGUUGACACUUCUAUGUACAACUGCAAUGAAAUCAAUAAUGUACCAACUAAUUCCUUCCCUUACCUUUUCCAUAUCUGUUACCAGUAAGUCUUAAGUAGUGGACUUCAGAAAAAUUCCCGUAACGCUGCACAACCAAACCAAUAAAAGGAAUAAAAAUCCCUUUAGCUAUAGAUUCCUGUUCAUACUACUGGAACCCAGAUUACUUGUACAACACUCUGUUUCCAGACAGCUUAGUGGUUUUUUUCACCCCCGUAUAUAUGCUAGAAGCUGCAUAGCCUUUUUAUUUAUUUUUAAGGGAUAGCAGAACUUCAAAGUUAACUUAAGCCCAGCCUGUUUUGAAGGAUGUUAGAAGCUUUCUGAACUUGCAGAGUCUCUUGCAAGCUAAUUGUAGGGUAUGCUUUUCAGAUAAGAAGUUUUGUCUUCAAAUACCUGUGAAGUUUUCAGAAAGCCAGUCAGACAUGAACAUACCAAACUGUGCUCUUAUUGCUACAUCAAGUGUUCCUUUUUUUUUUUUAAUCAAAAAGCAUGUUUUAAUUUCAUUUUAUUGUAGCAGCUCGCUGUAAGAAUGUAGUUUGCUUAAUUUUAUUAUUGUACUUGAAUUUUUAAUCAUGGUUUUAACAAUAUAACUGAACAGACCAUUUCAUUAGUUCCCAAAGAAACCAUUCCUUUCAGAGGGCAAGGGAUUCCUGUGUUCAUAGUUCAUAAAUUCCCCCCACCCCCACCCCCCUGGCAGUAUGUUCUUUUGGUUUUGUUUUCUCCCCAUUUAAAUAGUUCAGUAUUAUGGAAACAAGUAAAGAUUUCAAGAGGUCUUAUGUUAAAAUUUGCACAGAUAAUGGAGCACCUUUUAUGAUGGAAAAAAUGGGGAAGAUAACUUCAUAAUUAUAACCAUGAUAGCUGAUGGAAACUUGUAGAGCAACUGGGCAAAAUUGGGAGUCUCGUGCCUUUUCAGUUUGCAGAAUACCUGUUUCGCCAAUAUGACAAUACUUCUUUUUUGAUUCCUGCAGUCCUUCAAUCAGAAAAACUUCUUUGCUCUAAUUCUGUUGGGUUUUAGUGUGUGCAAUCAUUUUAAAACAUCUAAGUUGAAAACAAAUUGAAAUGUUUUCUGUUAAGGAGAUAAUAGAGAAUUUAGUCACAUAAAGGAGCUUUUAUAUUGGACUAUUUAAAUAAAAUAUGUUUUUAUUCCCCCUCAGUUGCUGGCUAGUGACAAGAUUCCUUUGAGGCUUCAUACUUCUUGUUCCUGCAUUGUACUGAUAAGUUGCAUUUGAACAUAAUUCGGUUUCCUAAACAAAAUUUAAAGUGAUAAUUGUGGUCCGAGUUUAUUUCCGAGAAUAUGAUCCGUGAUUCUGAAGCACAGUUUCUAGAAAAGAGCAAAGAACAUGUGUGGUGUAACAGAUUUUUUUUAUAAAAAAAAAUUUUUUUUUUUCUGCUGCACAAUUAGGAGUGUUAAAGUAAACUUCAUUGAGUCUGUGAAAAUAAUUCCACUGCUUGAUAGUUAGCAGUAAUUAUGUCACGACAUAACACUACCAGAGUAAAACUUCUUAAUUCCAGUGAAGGAGUUAGAGACCUUGUUAAUUAAAGUUCAUUUUGAUUCAAUCUCUUCAAUUUGUAAAAGCUCCUUUAAAAACAAAGUCCCCCCAAAUUUCCCCCAAAGCAAAAGCUUCUUGAUAGAAUGCAAUAUGAUGACCAGGAAGCGAGCAGUGGUUUUAGAAUAACACACACUGGAUUGAUACUGGGCUGCCUUACACAGCAUCAUGGGGCUUACUGUGCGCCAGCCCACCCCACCCACACCCCCACACCCCAACCGAAAUUAGAGUUCUUUUCAGACUUCGAGAUUAGUGACUAUCCAAGAUGAAGAAACUUUCAUAUUGUUACGUAUUGGUGUCUGGCAUUGAAAGUCUCAUUUUCCCAUUGCUGUGGCUGGUUGGGAAAUGUGUGAAAAGCAGUCCCUUGGUUUCCCUGUUGUCUACUUUUUUCAGGCAGUUCAUGCAGUGUGUCUUUUAGUUAUUAUUUGGUGGAUUAGACAUUGUGGAACAAAAGGAGCUUUUUUAACAGGAAGAACUACCUUGGGUUAGCUAUAUGAACAGCCAUCCAAUGAGACACGUUACAGAGUGCAUAGGGUACCAGUAGAUUACGGAGUGGGGGAAUAUCCUUUUUUGCUGUUCUGAGCUACUAUUGUCAACUGCUGUUGUACAUAUACUGUUAUGUGUAAGGGGGUAAAUAUAUUUAUUAUGUUUGUAAAAUUCAUUCUGUACAAUUGCAGAUCAAGGUUGCUCCUCUGUGAUAUACAGGAUAUUAUGUUUCAAAGGCCAUGCUUGGAAUACAAUUAGAGAACUUAGUAUUUUGAUGUACUAAGACCUAUUUUAAGUUUAAUAUUUUGCCUUUGCAAAAACUUUAAUUAAAGAUGUUAUUUAAAAAUGUUUGCCACUUCA